AUGACUAGACCACAAAAUAUCGGGAUCAAAGGUAUCGAAGUAUACAUUCCUGGCCAAGCCGUUAACCAGUCAGCCUUGGAAGAAUUCGAUAAGAUUCCUCAAGGUAAAUACACCAUUGGUUUAGGUCAAACCAAUAUGGCAUUUGUCAAUGAUAGAGAAGAUAUUUAUUCAUUUGCCUUAACUGCAUUACACAAUUUAAUUGAUCAUUAUGAUAUUGAUCCUUUAAAAGUUGGUCGUUUGGAAGUUGGUACUGAGACUCUUUUGGAUAAGUCCAAAUCGGUUAAAUCUGUUUUGAUGCAAUUAUUCCCUGGUAAUUCUGAUAUUGAAGGUGUUGAUACUGUUAAUGCUUGUUAUGGUGGUACAUCUGCUGUGUUAAACUCUAUUAAUUGGAUUGAAUCUUCUGCUUGGGAUGGUAGAGAUGCUAUUGUUGUUUGUGGUGAUAUUGCUAUCUAUUCUCAAGGUGCUGCUAGACCAACAGGUGGUGCUGGUUGUGUUGCUCUUUGGAUCGGCCCUGAUGCUCCUAUUGUUUUUGAUAAUGUUAGAGGUUCAUUUAUGGAACAUGCUUAUGAUUUCUAUAAACCUGAUUUCACCAGUGAAUACCCAGUUGUUGAUGGUCAUUUCUCCUUAAGUUGUUAUGUUAAGGCUUUGGAUAAUUGUUACCGUGCUUAUUCUAAAAAGGCUUUGGCUCUGGAAAGCGAUGAUGGUUCAGUUAAGACAGUGGGUGUUUUCGACCACUUUGAUUACAAUGCCUUCCACGUUCCAACUUGUAAAUUGGUUACUAAAUCUUAUGCUCGUUUGUUAUACAACGAUUAUUUGUCUAACCCUUCAAAAUUCACUGAUUUAAUUGAUGAUGAAACUAGACAAGCUCUUGAUAAAUUGACUUAUGAUCAAAGUUUGAUUGAUAGAGCUGUUGAAAAGGUCUUUUUGGGUUUAACUAAGGAAGAAGCAAAAACAAGAUUACAACCUUGUUUACAAGUCCCCACUAACACUGGUAAUAUGUACACCGCUUCUUGUUGGGCUUCAUUAUCUUCUACCUUGUAUUACGUUGGUUCUGAAAAAUUACAAAACAAACGUAUUGGUAUCUUCUCUUAUGGUUCUGGUUUAGCCCUGACAUUAUUAUCUGUUGUUGUUAAGGGUGAUAUUAGUGAAAUUAACAAAGUCUUGAACUUUGAACAUAAGUUAGGAGCUGGGAGAAAGAUUGAAACUCCUCAAGCUUAUGUUGAUGCUAUUGAAUUGAGAGAAAAGGCUCAUUUACAAAAGUCUUUUGAACCAAAGGGUUCUAUUGAAAACUUGGCUUCUUGUACCUAUUACUUGACUUCUGUUGAUGAUAAGUACAGAAGAGCUUACACUAGAAAGGAAUAA